ACACUUUUUUUUCCACAUGCACAAGCUGGUAUUCACUGACACAGACUUGAAGUUCUUUAUUUGUUGUGUACAUAAGAGCAGGAAACAAAGGAAAGAGACCUUGAAGAUCUUCAGAUCAUCCCUCUUAUCUCCUUGUGUGGAGGAGGCGAAUAGUGGUGGCAAGAUGAGAAACUUUGAAACCCUCUUCCUUCAGAUAUGACUCUCCUUUCUACUACUGAACAGUGAAGAGGAUGCCAGAGAAAGAGGUUUGCCUCUCUACACACUCCACACUGGUGCUGAGAAGUCACUGAAGCCAUGACAGGAGCAAAGGAGAAUCAUGCUCUGUUUGGGCUGGGUGUUUCUUUGGUUUGUCGCAGGAGAGAAGACGACAGGAUUUAAUCAUUCAGCUUGUGCUACCAAAAAACUUCUGUGGACAUAUUCUGCGAGGGGUGCAGAGAACUUUGUCCUAUUUUGUGAUUUACAAGAGCUUCAGAACCAAAAAUUCUCCCAUAUAAGUCAACUGUCACCAACACAAGGUCCUGCUCACAAACCUUGCAGUGGCAGUCAGGAGAACCUAUCUGAUGUCCAGUGGUACAUGCAACCUUGGAGUGGAAGUCCACUAGAGGAGAUCACUAGAAACUCUCCUCAUAUGCAAAACAAAGGCAUGCUGCAUAUAUUGCCCCCACAGAUGAACAGCAUUUGGUCAUAUAUUUGUAGACCCAGAAUUAGGAGGCCACAGGAUGUCACCUGUUGUAUCAAGACAGUCCUAGAAGUUAAGCCUCAGAAAAAUGUGUCCUGUGGAAACACGGCACAUGAUGAACAAGUCCUACUUCUUGGUAGUACUGGCUCCAUUCAUUGUCCCAGUCUCAGCUGCCAAAGUGAUAUACAGAGUCCAGAGAUGACCUGGUACAAGGAUGGAAAACUACUUCCCGAGCAUAAGAAAAAUCCAAUUGAAAUGGAAGAUAUUUAUGAUUUUCAUCAAGGCUUGUAUGUAUGUGAUUACACUCAGUCAGAUAAUGUGAGUUCCUGGACAGUCCGAGCUGUGGUUCAAGUGAGAACCAUUGAUAAGGACAUCAAUGUGAAGCCAGACAUUCUGGAUCCCAUUACAGACACAUUGGACGUAGAGCUUGGAAAGCCUUUGACUCUACCCUGCAGAGUACAGUUUGGCUUCCAAAGAUUUUCGAAGCCUGUAAUAAAAUGGUAUGUCAAAGAAUCUACACAGGAGUGGGAAAUGCCAGCAUUUGAGGAGAAACGGAUUCAAUCCACUUUCAAGAACGAAGUCAUUGAACGCACCAUCUUCUUACGAGUAGUCACCCGAAGAGAUCUCAGCAGAAAGUUCGUUUGCUUUGCCCAGAACUCCAUUGGGAACACAACACGGACCAUCCAGCUGAGGGAGAAGGAAGGGGCGGUAUUUGUAUACAUCCUCCUUGGCACAGCCUUGAUGCUGGUGGGCAUGCUGGUGGCAGCUGCUUUGCUCUACUGGCACUGGAUUGAAGUUGUCCUGCUAUGUCGAACCUACAGGAACAAAGAUGAAACUCUGAGUGAUAAGAAGGAAUUCGAUGCAUUUGUAUCCUACUCAAAUUGGAGCUCUCCUGAGACUGAAGCCAUGGGAUCUCUGAGUGAGGAACACCUGGCUCUGAAUCUUUUCCCGGAAGUGCUAGAAAACACGUAUGGAUACAGCUUGUGUUUCCUUGAAAGAGAUGUGACCCCAGGAGGAGUGUAUGCAGAUGACAUUGUGAACUUCAUUAAGAAAAGCCGAAGAGGAAUAUUUAUCCUGAGUCCCAGCUAUGUCAAUGGACCUCGGGUCUUUGAGCUACAAGCCGCAGUGAACCUUGCCUUGGUUGAUCAGACACUGAAAUUGAUUUUAAUUAAGUUCUGUUCCUUCCAAGAGCCAGAAUCUCUUCCUUACCUUGUCAAAAAGGCUCUGAGGGUUCUCCCCACCAUCACGUGGAAAGGCUUGAAGUCGGUCCACACCAGUUCCAGGUUCUGGACCCAAAUUCGUUACCACAUGCCUGUGAAAAACUCCAACAGGUUUAUGUUCAACUGGCUCAGAAUUAUCCCAAAGGGCUUUUCCUCUGAAAAAGACCUAGUGAUGCAGAAACCCCUGGGAGGAAUGUCCAACUCUGGCAACAGCCAAGGAGCUCAGAAUGGAAUGCCCGAUGCAAGGAACAAGAGAACUCAGAACCUCCUUCUCUCCAGCCCUCAGGAGAGGUGCUGAUGGGCAAGCAGAACAUGCUGUGUGGAUCAGGCUGAUAGAAAAUUGAGCCUUUCUGCUCUCAGUGCCAAGCAAGCUUGAUAGGCAGUGGAAUGAAGCAGCAUCUACGGUUUUAGGGUCUGAGUUCCUGGAACAGACACAUAGAAAGUUAAUACUCCAGACCUCUGCAUUGUACUCAGCACACAUUUCCCUGAGAGCUUCCAAGUAGCCUGAGCAGAAUCAACGGAAGUAGCUCCAUAGGCUGUCCAACAUUCAUGCAUGCAUGCAUGCCUAUUUUGCACUAAAUGUAUGAAUUUAUCAUAUGUUUUCGUGUAUGUGCAGUCAGAUACAUAGGAUUUUAUUUUGUUAGAUAUGAGUGAUUGAAACUCCAUCUAAAGCCCUUCUGUAAAGAAAUUCUACUGCAUGUUUAUCCAUCAACUCUACAGAGGAGGAAUAUAGAAGGUGAGACAGAGCAUACGAUCUCCUGGGUCCCUAUAGGACAUGACCACUUUGAAGGCAUGAACUAGGUAUAUGUUUCUAGACCUGCAGUUGAACAAUGUUGCUGGCAGAAAGUAUCAUGACUCACAAAUGUAUUUAGCGAGCUCUGUGUCCACGCUUAGAAAGGUACACUAUAGAAUGGUGGUCAUUCCCCUUGUGUCUAAGGGGCUGGCUGGGUGAGAGUUGUGCUUCCUUUCCUACUCAAUACCGUAAGGGAAAGUCACAUCUCAAGUCACUAGUGCCAGAAAAAAUACAUGUUUAACACUCAGUGUCAAAAAUUUGAGUCAAGUUUUUCCAAAUUGUAUAUAUAACAGAGAUGACAGAGCCCUCCUCUUGGCUGGUAUAAUCUGCACAGGAUUUAGAUUUAGGGAUGGGAUAGAGCUAAUUACAAUUUCCCCUUGUUUCCCUGGCUAGAGACCUUACUCAAGUCUCGGCAAGUCAAGACUUAUUUGUCCCAGAUCAUUAGUCCAAUUAAGACAAGGAAUAGAUUUGUAGUUGUCUACAACCUAGGGAGGCAGCAAUCGUCAAGCAGAGUCUGAGGCAUAAGUGCACACAUCUGUUGACAAGCAGCAAGAAUACAACAGAUGCCAUACCUCUUGCAUGAGCCAUUUGUCUGCUGAGAGUGGUACCCUGUAUGGACACUGAUUGACUGAGUGGUCUUAGGGGAAGUCUUCCUUGGUAACAAGACAAUGUGUUUAAGGGCUGGGUCAUUGUUUUGAUUAACAAGGUGAAUUUGUUGCUCCUAAUUUGGUUUGUAUCUAAAACAGGGUUUGAGUUGAUGUGGCUGUAUAUGACCUUUGAACACCACCUUUCCUGAUGGAACAGGGUGGCUCAUCAUGUGGGCAGUGAAGGCAGCACCUCAUGAACUGGCUCCCACAUCAUGAGUCACAUCCACUGUAGACCGAAUGAGGUCCACAGGCAGAGUGGGUCAUCCACUGACAUCUGACCACUUGGUGCCUGUGUGAAAUGCUCUUCUGAUCCUCCUUUGCAGAAGAACCACAUCAUAAAAACCACUUUGGCUUUGGCGCUAAGCAUCAUCCUGGCUGGAAAUCUCAGAGCUAAAGAGGAACCAAAGAGCAUAAAUUAUCCCUGGAGGAAGUUUUUGUGGGAAGGACCUUUGUGGGAUCUCAGUGGGGAAGAACCCACACUUGUUGAACCACUGUGACCUGGCUAUGGCCAGGUUUCCUGGGUUUCUUGGUAGCCUCUCCCUGAGAUCAUAGACUCAGAAACCUCUUCUGGCCAAUGCAGCCAGGUUUAUAUUGUUCCAAGAUAGCUGAGCUCCCAAGCCUUUGGCUUUACAGUGCCUCAGACUUGUACAUCCAUGAAAGUAGAAAUAGCCAGCUCAUGUUUAUAGAAUGUCCUCUUUCCCAUAGCUAGGUCCAGUGAGAUGACAGGUAUGCAUUUGGGGCAAAUUCUUACUAAUAUUUUCCCUGUGCAUAUCAACUAAAACAAGAGGAAUAAUCAAAACAAAAUUCCUAUGUUCGUGAGACUUUGGGAGAACAGCUAGACUCAGCAGAGUGGAAGCAAAACCGUGUUUUCUGACUGCAUCAUCUAGAAGAGGAGGCCAUGCAUCCUGCCUCUUGUUUCAUAUACAUCGAACAAAUGCAGUGGUCACCAUGCUUCAUUUCAGUGUAAAAAAGCAUUGACAUUUGAGUGUGGAUGCUGUCCUUCCAGGACACACUGAAGACCUUUCCUUAUGGACCCAGACAGUUCUCAGAGAGAGUUCUCAACAUUCAUGUCAUUCCAUGGUCAAUACCUCAAGUAACAUAAAAUAAACACCUGCAGUUCUGACUACUGGCUUGUUUUAUGCUGGCUUGAUACAAGCUAAAUCAGUUUGGAAGAAAGAACACUGACUGAGACAGUGCCUCCACCAGAUUGCACUGUGGACAAGCUGGCGAUGCACUGUCUUGAUUCAUGAUCAAUGUGGGAGGUCACAGCUCACUGUGUACAGUGUCACCCCUGGGCUAGUGACCCUGGAUGCUAUGAGUAAGCAGGCUGAAUAAGCCAUAAAUACAAAACCAGUAAGCAGUACUCUUCCAUGGCUCUGUUUUAGUUCCUGUCUCCAGAUUCCUAGCUUGUACUCUCUGGACAAUAGGCCCGAGAAUUGUAAGACUGAAUAAACCCUUUCCUUCCCA